AUGCUGCAGACUGAGCUCGAGCGUGAGCCGCACCUCAUCGUGGCAUGCACACAUUCAAUGGGAUUACUGCCAGACCGGCUGAUGAUAAUCGACGUAAAUCCCGAUAGUCCGCACUAUCAGAAGGUAUGCCCUCAGCAAAAUGACUCCAAUUUUUUCUGGGUUGUCGCCGAACUGCCAUUUCCGGAUGUUGGUGAUGAACCCUGCAAAAUGAACUGGAUCCGCUCGGCUAUCAACUUGGAAGAUAUUGCAAAGGUGGCGCGCUCACACCUCGUCAUCCCCUGCUUUGGCAGCAACAAAAUUUACAUAGUUGCCAUCGAGGGGCUCAGCAUGAAGAUUGUAAAGACAAUUGAAAGCCGCGAACUGUCGAUGCGCGACCUCUCCUGUCCAUAUUCUGUGCACACACUCCCGAUGAGCGGAGCCCCCGUUCACGUUUCCUGCCUUGGGGACAAGAAUGGACAUGGCAAAGGUGAUUUCUUGCUCAUCGACCGGAAAAACUUUACGAUCCGCGAACGGGUGAACAAGGAGGACUUUGCGCAGUUUGGUGGGGAGUUUGCGCUCCAGACCCGGCACAACGUGCUCAUAUCGUGCGAGUGGGGCCACCCAAGGCAAUUCCAGAGCGGGCUGAUGCUCAGCGAGCCGUUUGAGCAAGACAGCCCGAUGGCCGAAAUCGCUUCAAACGAUCGGAACUCCAUUCACACGCUCUCAGCCAUCAAAACCUUGAUCUUUCCGCAGAAUAACCACUACGGUAACCGGUUAAACGUAUGGCAAAUCUCACCCGGGCACCUGCGCCAAUCGAUUGAGUUGGACCCGUUGGAGGGCAGUUUGACUACUUGCGUACGAUUCCUCCACAACCCCGACUGUAAUCACGCGUUCGCCUGCUCAGCCCUCGGCUCAGCCGUCUACCAUCUCCAUAUGAAUUCUCUUUCUGGCGACUUCAAGGCCGACAAGAUCAUCCAGCUGCCGCGGAUACGAACCAGCGCCUACGAUGAACAAAACAAAGAAGACGGUCUGCCCGCCAUGCUAACAGACUUGGUGAUCUCGAUGGAUGAUCGGUUUAUGUAUUUGGCAUCAUGGCUCCACGGUCUUAUCCUCCAAUACGAUAUCUCUGAUCCAUUCAGCGCCACGUUAACUUCAAAGGUGCAACUGGGUGGGUUGAUGCAGUCCCCAAAUAGUUCGCGACUCACCGGCGUGGAUUCGGGCGAGGAGCACUACCACCCUAGCCGGACGCUCCUCAAGAACAUUCCUUUCCGGGGAGGCCCGGCGACACUUCAGUUGAGUCUCGACGGGCGUCGCCUCUACGUCAACAAUUCGAUGUAUAAGGCCUGGGACGCACAAUUCUAUCCAGAGCUGAUCAGCGAAGGCGGGCAGAUUGCUUUGGUCGAGAUCUCUACGAAAGACUGCUCCCUACAAUUGGCCAAGGAGUUUUUGAUCGAUUUUAAGAAGGUCGAGGGCGGCCCAUUCUUAUCCCGCGAUCUUCACUUCCCGCAAGGCGACUCGACGUCAGAUAAUUUCCUC